AUGAAGCAAAACCCGUUUGUGUCGUUUUCCGCUAGGAAGGCUCGCAAGGCGCAUUUCAAUGCUCCCUCGCAUAUACGUAGGAAGAUAAUGAGUUCGCCUUUGACAAAGGAUCUUCGCAAUAAGCACGGGAUCAAGUCCAUUCCAAUCAGAGUUGACGAUGAAAUCAUAGUUACACGAGGCCACUAUAAAGGCAACGCUGGACGUGUUAUGCGUGUCUACAGGAAAAAAUAUGUUAUACAUAUUGAUAAAAUAACAAGAACGAAAGCGAAUGGAUCGACAGUGCACAUUGGUAUUCAUCCGUCAAAUGUGGCCAUUUCAAAGUUAAAGAUGGAUAAAGACCGUCGUGCAAUAAUUGAGAGGAAGGCUGCAGGACGUGCUAAAGCUCUAGGCUCAUUGAAGGGAAAACACACAGAAGAAACUAUUGCAGAUGAAUAA